AUGUAUUUUCGCCUGGCCACAGAGGGGUCUGCUAGCGGGUAUACCGUUGCUGCGGUGGGUGGCCAGCAGCGUGACAGCGCGUGGCGCUCACUGGAGACCUGGCGGGAAACGGCCUCCGUACCCGAUGCAUUCUACGUGGAGCUGAUAAAAGAACUUGUCCUCAGGAUCACGAGCGACACCUUGUGCGGCCACUGGCCCCAAGAAAUUUGCGACGAUCUUCUACUUAACCCUGCGGCUUCGUACUACAGAAGGGCCGAAGGCGCAUUGCGACUUUCGUACCCAGUCUCUCUCCCUCUUCAUCAACUCCUCAUCGAUAAGCUGAACCUCUGUAUUGACGACUCGCCGGAGCAGCGAAGCGCGGCAUGGCCUCUCCCCACCCCGCACUGGCAGUGGGGUAGAGUGGCCUCUCGGUUCAGGGACGAUCGCAACUUCACCUUCGCGGAGGGCGCGUAUAGCACAGUGGACCGUCUUCUGACAACAGCCAUGGAUAACCAUCCUGAGAAAGAUACACCUGUUGACCUCGACGAGGUUCCCCCUGGCGGCGCCCACGUGAUGGUCAACGCGCAAGUACACCGCCUCGAAUCACAGCCUGGGAGCAACACGGCGGGUCGACCUCUCGCGCGUGUUGUGGUGAGGCAUGACGGAAAGGACUUCAAGAUCCAUUGUCGACAUGCUGUCUUAUGCGCCGGCAGCGUCGAAAGCGCUGCCAUCUUGUUACGAAGCGUGGACGGCGAUACUAGUCAGUAUGGGGGCAAUUUCACAGAGGAAUUCGGGCGUCUUACAGAUCAUCAUAUGCUCUAUGUGACGCUGCCAUUCGUGUAUCGGAACAUGAUGUACAGAGACAUGCUCGGUGGCAUGAAGCUCCAGACGGAUAUCACGUUUCGUGAUAAGGAGGGCAAACCCCAAGGGACCGCACUCGUUAACAUCUCCGUGGACGCUGAAUCCUUCCUACCUCGAGGAUGUCUUUCUGCCACCCGAUUCCCGCAACUCGUCAUCGUCUACAUGCUCCCCACUUGUCUGAAUCCAAACAACUCCGUCAAACUCGAUUCGUCUAGACAACACCCCGUCAUUGACGUUGACUUCGCCAAGGUUCCCUAUCUGGAAGAGAAGAAGGAGGUCAUGCGCAGUUUCGCCCUCGCGUCCAUGAAGGCGAUCGCCACCACGCUCAAUCUUCAAUAUCUGGAACAGACAAACGUCGGCUCUUCUCCACAUGUGUUCAAUCUUAUCUCGCUUGAAGAUCUGGACAGCAAGGUCAAACUUGGCACAAUUCCUCUCGGAACCGUCGCCCACGAGUUGGGCACUAUUCCAAUGCCUGACCACGACAACAAGGGCGGGAUCGUUGACCACGACUUGAAGAUGAAGUACGGGUGGAGCAACGUCUCCGUCUGCGACCUCUCCGUUUUCCCGCACUCGCCUGGCGCGAAUCCCUCCCUCACCCUAGCCGCACUGGCGCUCCGCCAUUCCGACUAUCUCAUCCCCCCACGCCAGGUGCUCCGCACAUCCCGGCCCAUCCGUGUUUACAACAUGACGCCCAUCGAUGUCUACGCUCGCGUGACCCUCUCAGAGAACUCAUCAGACGCGCAGGCCAUGGGGCCUCUGGAGUCUGUGAUUGCGCCGGGAAAUUACUGCGAGUGGAAGCGGCAGACGAGGGAAGCACUGUUCGUGUACGCUGUGCCACGGCCUACCCCCUUGCUUUCCGUGUGGAGUGAACGGCCCCCGUCUCAGCCCGAUUUCUCGGUCCAGGCCGUUUGGCCCGGGACUGUCGCACUCAUUGUCGCGCCACCCCCAGCGCCAGUGGUGCCUCUCCCUCACCCGUCUCCGUGGGGAGAAGGACACCCCGAAGGCUUGGACGGCCUCCCUGUUGGCUUCGGCGAUAAAUCGACGGGGCCCAUCUCGUAUAUCAGUACGCAAGCCUCGCGAUCAUCUUCUAUCCACUAUCCUGUUCAUGGUGCGUUCUGA